UGCUUUUACGUUGACGUCAGUUUUUUUCCUGCUUAACGCGGCAGAAAGACUCGAGGUCGUUCGUUGAUUUUCUUCGUGUGCGAUAAAUUUGUGACUCAAAGAAAUUCGAAGAAAGUAGCCGUGCUGUUUUCUUUCUAGUUUGUAAAAAUCGCGCGGGUAACCAUCGAGUAACGACGGAAAACGUAUAACCCUCAGAGUCCCUCGGGGGUGUAUCGUUGCAACAUGCAGAGUCAAGAGGAAGGCAACGAUGGAUCUCCGUGGAAUAAUUCAAGUGGCUGUGAAGAAGAGAGACGACCAAAUCCAAAGGAAGGAAAGAAAUCAAACAUUCUACCACUAUGGGGUAACGAAAGGACUAUGAACUUAAAUCCCUUGAUUUUGACGAAUAUACAAUCGUCACAUUACUUCAAAGUUAAUUUAUACGAACUGAAGACGUACCACGAGGUCAUCGACGAGAUUUACUAUAAAGUAUCUCACUUGGAACCUUGGGAGAAGGGUAGCCGGAAGACUGCGGGACAAACUGGGAUGUGUGGAGGCCGGUUCAUGCAGGUGCGUGGUGUCGGAGCUGGCGGUAUCGUGUCAACGGCGUAUUGUCUCCUGUAUAAGCUGUUCACCUUGAGGUUGACUCGGAAACAAUUAAAUGGACUCAUCAACCAUCCGGAUUCACCUUACAUUCGAGCGCUUGGCUUCAUGUAUAUUAGAUACACACAACCGCCAGCAGACUUAUUCAGCUGGUACGAUGAAUAUUUAGAAGACGAAGAGGAACUGGAUGUGAAAGCUGGUGGUGGACAAGUCAUGAAAAUGGGUGACAUUUUAAAGCAAUUCCUCACAAAACUGGAAUGGUUUUCUACUCUCUUCCCAAGAAUCCCAGUUCCCAUUCAAAAGGAUCUCGAACAUCGACUUGGGGAAAGGUUUCCUCAACAGACUGCAAAUGCACGCAAUGCAAAGCCUCCAAUUACGUUAAACAACCAUGGAAAGUAUAGUAACAGUAUGAACUCGAGCAGAAAAGACAACGGGAACUUGACGGCUCGCAAUCAACAACCACGACAUAUUCCAGACAGCGAAGCGCAGUGGGGUGAAGCUGAGAGAACGAGUCAGUGGCGAGCCAGAUCCAGUGAAGACCGUAAGGACAAAUAUAGGGAUCGGGAACGAGACAGAGCCAGGGAACGAGACAGAUCGAGGGAACGAGAGCGAGACAGAGCGAGGGAGAGGGACAGAGAAAGGGACCGUGAAAGGGAACGAGAACGACAUGUCAAGAGAUCCACAAGCCGAGACAGGAGUAGGAGGCAAAAGGACUACAGGAGUAGAAGCCGAGAUAGGUCUCAUAGAGAUCGUAGCAGAGAUCGUCAUCGAGACAGAGAACGGUGUCGAGAUCGAAGAAAUUCACCCGUCGACUAUGCUGCAGAACUUGUCCGGGAACGAGAAAGACAACGAAGAGAUUGACGGUGCUGUCGAUGACGGUGUUUACCAUAAGUGUUUGUACAAGUGUAACUAUUAAGACGAAGACGUGAAGUUAGGGAGCCGAGCCAUUUUACGCGACUGCGAUUGGGAAAGGAACUACGAGAAGCGAUGUUAGCCUAAAGUUUAAUCGAUACUAUCUAUCAUGUAGUUUACAUGUUUUUAUAAAAUAAAUUCUCAAACUUAA